GAGGGGCUUGUAGGGAGGUGCAGGACAUAGUAUAGUAGGCAGUAGAUAAUAUCAUAUCAUAUAGCUAGCUACAUUGACAAGAGCCAAGACUGGAGCACAAGGCUAGCAAUGAGUACAAGUGUGUUUGAGGGGUGCCAGGUCACCCUAGAGCUGGACUCUGGACUGCCCUUCAAGAAGAAGCUGGAGCUAAAGAGAACUAUUAUUGAGAAUGGUGGAAUUGUCUCCUUCAUAGUCACCAAGAAGACGACGUACCUGGUUGUGAACAAUGCUGAGAAGGCUCAGGAUUCGUACAAGAGUCGAAUGGCCACCAAGUGGGGAAUACCCGUGGUGUCGUUGGCCUUUGUUGCCGAGUGUCUGAGUGCUGGCAAACUACUCGAGGCUGACAAGUUCCUAGUGGUCGGUAAAACAGCCGCAGAAGAGUUUAGCACUGGCAAGAUUAUAGCCUCCAUGAAAGACAAAGCCAAUGCAGACAAGAGAAAGAAGAGACCCAAAUCAAUAGUAAACCUCAACCAACUCAAGAUAUGGGCGUGGCCUCACAAUGACGGCAAGGCACCUGCCUUCCCUGAGACAAGCUACGAGGUAGCUAGACACGCACUGCUCAAGAAAGUGGACCCUCGAAGUCAGAAAACAAGUUUUGCAUGUUUGGAGAUUCACGUUGUGCCAAAGGUGAAAGCGGAGCUCUACUAUAAGGAGGUCAAAGGUCAAGUGGAGGCCACAGGACCCCUAUACAGAGUGUUCACUCACACAGGACAACUUGAGAAGAAAGACGCGCUGACUGGAGAGUUGGGCAAGUGUGACUGCCGCUAUGUUGGCUCUGCAUUGAAUGCUGAGUACGUGUACACACAACUGCAUCGUCAGCACAUCUCCUCCCCCCACUCACUCAGCAAGACUCACUUCCUCUCUACACAAGUCGGAUCACCACAGCUCAGGAAGCUGCUGGCUGAAGCUAGGCACAGUGGAGGGGGCGAUCUCAACAUAGCCCCUGAGGUAUCACGACUCGUUGAUUAUAUCUGGGAGGAAGUCAGCGGACGUCUUGACGAGGUGCUGGCCACACCCCUGGAGGCUAUAAAGAUGGAACAGGUUGAAAAGGCAGAGGCCGCUCUACUCUCUAUAAAGAAUCUAUUGGAGGCAGGAAAGAACGAUAGAGACGAGUUGCGUAAAAUGUCUCGAGAGUUUUUCUCCCACCUCCCCCACAAUCCUGGACAUCAGAGUGACAUCACCGACAAGAGGGUCAUCGCAGAGAAGCAGGACCUCUGUCAGCUGGUGAAGGACUCUAUUGGAGUGAGUGAGGCUACCAACUGGUCCAGUAGAGGGAGUGCCGAGGGCAAGUAUCGCUCACUCAGGUGUGAUAUACAACUGUUGGACCCAACCUCCCCAGAGUAUGCUGACAUCAGCAACCACGUCUACAACACUCAAGACAGUUCCCUGAGUGCCCCCCUGGCACUGGAGGCUGUGUACACUCUCCAUCGUCCAGUGGAGGACAGUGGCUUCACCUACACUAUUCCCAACAAACAGCUGCUCUUCCAUGCCUCACCUGUCAGGAACUUCCUCGGCAUACUAUCAAGAGGUCUCCUGUUGCCCAAGAUUGUGGUGGAUGAUUUCGGAGGGACUCGCUCGGACCCCGGCAUGUUGGGGGGUGGGCUCUACUUUGCUGGCUCCUCCUCACUAUCCUGCAAGUUCUCAAAACCUGGCAAAAGUGGGCGGGGCACACGACUCAUGCUUGUUAACCAGGUCGCCCUUGGCAACUGCAAGGAGUACAGGAACACGGCCAAGGAGCUGACGCAACCUCCAGAGGGCUAUGAUAGUGUCAAGGGCACCAAAGAAACAGAAGAGGAAGAUUCUUUCUUCAAGGCGGAUGAGUAUGUGGUGUUCAGUGCUCACCAGCAGAGGAUGCGUUAUCUUGUGGAGUUUAUGUUACCAGACCAAGAUUGUGGGGGAGUGGCUAGUGAGGGUGUGAUCAGUGAGGCUGUGGAGGAGGGGGCAGAGGGGGAAGAGAGUGGGAAGGAGCUACCAGAGGAAGUGAGCCUUGGUGAUGUGAAGGACAUAGCUAACCCCCUGGACAAGGUGAAGGCGGGGCUACAAGCAGAGGGGGUGGAUGUACCUCUAGAGUCUGUGGCUGUGAGGGCUCAGCUCAUUGAUCUAGCAGCCAGGGUGGUAGUACUGCAAGGUUACAAGAACAAGAGUCAAGUACCCAUUGAGGCUAAAUAUGUAUUCCCUCUGGACGAUAUGGCAGCAGUGUGUGGGUUUGAAGCGUUCAUCAAUGGUAAGCAUAUCGUGGGUGAAGUGAAGGAGAAGGAACAAGCUCACAGAGAGUACAGAGAAGCCAUCAGUAAGGGACACGGUGCCUACCUCAUGGACGAGGAGACUCCAGAUGUGUUCACAGUCAGUGUGGGUAACCUUCCUCCCGGAGCUAGUGUUCUCAUCAAGAUCAUCUACGUAGCAGAGCUGGCAGUGGAGGGGGACAACAUCGUCUUCUCAUUACCAGGCUCUGUGGCGCCAUGGAAACAAGAGGCUGCCCUCGACGCUAGCACACAGUCAGACGUGGAGAAAGUGAAGGUCAAAGAACAAAGUGAUAAUUUGAGUGUACAAGUGUCUAUUGAGAUGCCCUUCACUAUCAAGACUCUAGAGUGCCCCACUCAUAUGAUCAAGAUCAAGCAAACUGCGUCCAUGGCAACAGUAGAGGUGUGUGAAGGGAGUGUGUUGGGGUCAGGGUUCACACUCCUCGUUGGACUGGCUGAAAUUCACGUACCCAGAAUGUGGGUGGAGGAGGACAAAGGUCACAGCGCAUGCAUGCUGACAUUCUACCCAGAGUUUGAGGCUGAUACCAUCACUGAGAAUGAGAUCAUCUUCCUGCUGGAUCUGUCCAACUCCAUGAAAGGAGAAGCGCUAACUAGUGCUAAGAAAGUGCUCCUGCUCCUUCUAGCCCACCUCCCUACAAAAUGCCUCUUCAACAUUGUCACAUUUGGAGCCACGUGUGAUGUACUGUACCCCUCGAGUGUGAUGAAGAGCAAGGAGACAAUGACCACUGCUGCUGAGUUUGUCAAGAGCUGCACAGCUGACAUGGGGAGUACUGACCUUUGGCGACCUCUCCGCUGUCUCCAGCUCUUGUCUGACCUUGACAGUACUACCACAGGGGGCGUGGCAGAUACCACCACCCUACCCCCACGUUCCCUCUUCCUUAUAUCCGAUGGUCACAUGACAGAGGAGGGCCCUACUCUUGACACUAUACGCCAGGGAGUACGCAGCAGCCGACUCUUUACGUUUGGUGUAAGCUCGGCAGCUAACAAGCACUUCCUGCGCUCCAUGGCACGCAUGGGCGGAGGUUGUGAGGUGUUCUUCGAUACCAAAACCAAGUCAAAAUGGGAGCGUAAGGUGAAAGGUCAACUGUCCAAAUCGUUCCAGCCCGCCCUCACCUCCGUCAGUGUCGAGUGGCAGCAGUUUGAUGAGAACGCACCCACUCCAAUACAGGCCCCCCAGGAACUGGUGUCAUUGUUCAGUGGAUCUCGACAAGUGGUGUACGGGUUUGUGCCUCACUGCACCAUGGCAACGCUCAAAGCUCGUAUAGGAAGCAAGCACGUUGAGACAAUGGUCUCUACUGGUGACCUGGGCAAGACACAGGGGAAGACGCUACACCAGUUGACAGCUCGUGCCAUCAUCAGAGACUGGACGGAGGGAUCUUUGGACACUGACCGAACACAGCAUGAGAUACUCAAGAGGGACAGAAAGUCGUACAUCAUCAACAUCAGCAAGGACUACUCCAUUGUGUCCCAGUUCACAAGCUUUGUGGCCAUUGAAGAGAGAGAAAAAGAUGAAAAGUUCGACAGCUCCCAUGGCCCGUCCAUCAUGCAACUGGUGGAGAAGGAAGGAGUGGACAAACUGUCGUACAUGGGCUGGACAAUAGACCAGGGGAGGGACCCAGAGAAGGAGGCCAUGUUGAGUAUUGAUGAGUGUUUGUCGAGGGGGGAGGCUUUGAUGGACGACCAGCUGUCCUUGCAAGCGUACAAGGAGACAUGGACCACCACAGAGGAGGUGUUAGGGGCAGAGCACACUAAACGAUUUCAGCUGCUGAGCAAGAUGGUAACCAUCCUGACUGACUCCAGCCAGUACAGGGAGGCACUCCAGCUGUUGGACACAGAGAGGGGCAAGCUGGAGUUGGCCUUCUCAACCGAGGCCACGCAAAGACUGGCAGAACUGGUGGAGAUGGAGAGAAAGGUACAGGAGACUGAUGCUAGGGAAAGAGCGGAGAGACAGAGGGCUGAGGAGGAGGCUUGGACAAGCAUUGACGAUGAGUACGGUUAUUGUUUGAUGACUCCUAUCCCCCCGCCCCCCAGUCUGAUGGGACUCCCCCCUCCACUUGUCUAUGAGGAGGUUACCGAGGAUUACGAAUAUAUUGAGAGUUUGGUGAUUGAUACUGGAAUGGCCACAGUGAAGGCUGGCAUGGCGGGUGAUGAUGCUCCUAGAGCAGUGUUCCCAGCUCUCGUGGGUAGACCAAGACACAUGGGCGUGAUGGUGGGUAUGGGUCAGAAGGAUGCAUACAUUGGAGAUGAAGCUGUCUCUAAGAGAGGCAUACUAACAAUGAGGAGCCCAUUCGAGCGUGUCAAACGAAGUGCUGGUCCUGUACCAGUAUUGCCACGACAAAGCCAGAACGAGGUUGCGAAGGAAUCAAAGAAAGAUGUUCGUGCUUUAAUGCUCAGCAAAGUUCGUAGUAGCCAGGAGGAGGAGGAAGAUGAAUUAGAGCAACUGAUGGAAGUAAUACCCAUGGCUUCUUCUUUCCAAGCACCCUCCCGUCCAUUCGGGUUUGAUGUGACAACGAUACGCAUGAACCAAGAGAGAAUGGGAGGGGACAUGUUGGGGACAAAGAAGAAGAAGAAGAAAAAAGCCAGCAGAGAAGUAGAGCAGGUCAUGAUGGAGCCCACUGUUCGUCUCGUAGAGCAGGUCAUGAUGGAGCCCACUGUUCGUCUUGAGAGAGAAGCUCUACCUCAGAAGGCUGAUUUGGCUGAAGUCAGUCCUACCAUAGCCCAGCUCAUGUUACAAACUCAGCAGAUCAGGAAGAGCCUUAAUGUUAAUCUUGAGAGAGCAACUCUACACCAUGAGUUGGAUGAAGUAGCCCAGAUCCUGUUAGAAAUUACACAGAAAGUGAAAAGGCGCGAUGAUUGUCUUGAUACACACGAGGUUCACGGAGGACCACCACCUAUAAGGAUGCUGGAGAAGCGUUUAGGGAGGAUGUCAUCUCCAUCUCUCCGUGAUCGUUUUCGAGGUUCUAACAUGGUUCCAGCUCCGCCCCCUCCACCUGCACCAGGCUAUGGAGCUCCGCCCCCUCCACCUGCACCAGGCUAUGGAGCUCCGCCCCCUCCGCCUGCACCAGGCUAUGGAGCCCCGACCCCUCCGCCCCCGGGUGCCCCUCCACAGCUGCUAGGGAGUCUAGUGUACAGUGCUGCCUAUAAUACAGUAGUGUGUAAAGAUAGUCCUCUACCUCUACCUCCUAAAGCUGGAGCUCGUAAUCAAAGUUCUAAUAUGGUUCCGGGACCGCCCACGGGUGCCCCCCUAUAUUUGCCAGGGAGGAGGGUAAAGCCAAUUCAAAGAUCUCUAAGAGCUGCGCCCACUCAACUGUCUUAUGGAGUUGAAACACCACUUCCCCCACCCCCUGCCCCACCACAACCACAAAGGAAGGCAGCUCCAUUGCCUCAGGCUGAGAGGGGGUUGCUCCGGGGGUUUAGUAAAGGGAAGAAGAUGACAGUGGCUGAUGAAAAGGAUAAAGGUCAUCGCCAAGAAAAGCACGUUAUGUCUGGUGACAGUGCCUAUACCAGGAGGUCGGGCCCAGUUGCUGCACCUCCUCCCCCACCCCCUGCCCCCAGAGUUGCAAGAUUUGCCAGCUCCAACCAGUCCACUGCUCCAUCAAAGCCGACUAGCUUAGCCAGAGGAAGAGGAUCCCUUCUCUCAGCGAUAACAAAAGGGUCAGCUCUCAAGAAAGUUCCAGCACUCAAACAGAAGGAGGCCAAACCCAAGCUGAAUAUUGCAGACGCUCUCUCUCAAGCAUUGUCCGCUAGACAAAGCAUUGCUCUCGAUGAUAAUGAGAGGGAGAAUGCAAGUUGUGAGUCAUCGUACAGCGAUAGUUUUGAUGAUGACUCUGAUGACUCAUGGGGCGGUGGUGGCGGUGGUGCAAAUAUUGUACACAGGAAGGUGUUUGGAGGUGAGAGGAGCAGUGAGAUCAGUGAUGUAAUGGCUGGAGCUGGUGAAGAGGAGAUGAUGGAAGAUUUCUUUGCCUAUGAACAGCCACCAGUGUCCAACCUGCUGGAACUGUCUGAGGACCAAAUGAUGGCCAUGGCUAUAUCUCAAUCACUGAGUGAGAGCACUGUUGAGGGGCGGGUUGCCAAGACAACGCUCAAGCUAAACAGGAGUGAACUGGCGAGAAUUUUUGCUGCGCAGAAAUCGGAUGGCUCGUGGAGUGUGGUUGACCUGCUCCUGGUGAAGCUACAGCCUCAGCUGGUGGAGGGUGUGCUCAUCAAGGCAGGAGGGAGGUCACUCGGGUCCACUGUGUUCAAGGCACUGUGUCAAGUGGUGGCCACUCUACUGGUAAUGACGAUGCUCUCAGAAAGCUUUCCCGGGGAGUUUGCGGUAGAGAUUGAGGCAAAGGUCCGCAUUACCCGUGCUGUCAACGAGGAGUAUCGUGCUGGAGUGGAGAGAGCUGCCUCGUUUGUGGGGGCCACUGACAAGACCUACCCAAGCUUGUGUGCAAGGCUGGAGCUGGGAUACAACUGGGGAGCAGCCAUCCAGAAUAUUAUCUCUCUGACAUCGUAUACAUAGACAAAACAUUAGGCUCUGCAUAAUUAUAGUUCGGAAUUUGUAUAUAAUUAUGGACAAAGCACUAGGCUACGCAUGAUUAGUAGAUCUAGUUAGGAAUUUUAACGCUGCAAGAGAGAUUAUGCUUUGAAUAUCUGUACGUGAUUUUUGUAUACAAGUUGUUUUUGUAUGCAAGCUGUUUUUAGUGUG